AUGCUCCUCCUUCUUUUCCACAGGAUACUCAUCGCGAUCCUCCUUUUACUCACACUCUGCUCUGCCGUCGAAGAUACCUCUAGUGAUGCAUCAAACUCCGUCCUGUAUGACAUGGUCCCGGACUGUGCCAAGGAGUGCAUUGAUAGCUUCAUCAAGUCCGAAUACACACCCAUGGAAUGCACGUCACCGUCCAAUAUCAAGUGCCUUUGUCGCACGGAGACAACUAGUAGCUUGACAUUGGGGGAAGCAGCUUUGAGCUGUGUUCUGUCUGUAUGCCCACAGACAGUUAUCGCAAAGUCAAAGGCUUAUCACAUAUGUGACUCGGUAUCUGAAGCUCUUCCGAAAACACACCAGACGAUUACCGCGACGGUUUUUUCUGAUAUGAGUACAACGAUGACGAGUGAUCCAAAAGCUACUACAGAGACAAUAUCAACCAGCUCAACUCCAACAACUGAACGCACUCCGGAAGCUUCUGUAGCAAAAUCUACAGCGACAUUGGCAUUGACACCGACGUCAACUACUUCCAGUCAAACUUCCGAAAUCACAUUUUAUGACGCUUCUUCAUCUUCAGGGUCCCAAGCCGAGCCAACAUCCUCCGCCGAACAAAUUUCCAGUGACUCUUCUGAAGAUACGAAUAAGAAAGGUGAUCAUGGUAUCACUCCAGCAGCGGUCAUUGGAAUGUCAGUCGCAUCAGGUGUAGCAGGGUCUUUCAUAAUUGGUGUUGCUCUGUUUUUCUGCUGCAAAAGAUGGCGACGAAAACACCGGGAACAGGCAACGCCGCACAUUUUCGAAAUCGGAGGCGCCAUGUCUGAGCCCUCUGACUUUUUGAAACCGAUGCCACGGCUCCCAACCGACGGGUUGGGUCUAGAGUCUUCACACAGCCCAACGAGUGACCGCGAGACAAUGUUACAGCAACCACGUACUUUCCAUUCGAUGGCAAGCGUUCAACCACCAUCACAAUACUCACCGCAAUCCGCGACGGUACAUAACUUGGGCCAGGGCAAAGAACCCAAAGGGCAAGAACGAAUAGGGUUUGCCAUUAGCUCCGACUCGGACUGGGAAAAUUCGCCCCGGACACAAUCGUCACAGCACAGCGUAGCACGACUACUCCCAGAUCCUGCAGCUGGACUAUACCCAAAGCCGCUGAAGUGGAGUCAUCGGCCACCAAGUGGAGAGACUCUGUUUGAAGAAGACGAAAGUCAACAAGCGGCGGCGGCGGCGGCAGCAAGAAUGAUGCAAAAUAACUCCCCAAGGCCAGGGAUCCAGCCGAAGCUCGCAGGACUGCCAGCCAAUCCACGCGCAUUCAAAAAUGGAUUCCAAGCAGGCAACUUCAAACGAAGAUCAGGAGCCACGAGUGCUCUGGCACCUCCAUUCAAUCCCAACCCAGCCUUCGGAGCCUCCUCAUCAGACAGCAGCGCUGCACCAAACGAAACAUCCCACUCCUCCCCAAGCCCAACCCUCCUCGCCGCCCCGGUCAACACCACCCAGACCCAAACCCAGAACCGGAGCCCAUCACCAGGACGACAGGCGCCUCAACCAUACCUCACCCCAUCAUCAUCAACACUCCCCCAGGCUCGGAGAUAA